AUCUGUGAUUCGCCAGAAAAGCAGGAAGAAGAAGGCGUUCAGAAACGAAAAUGGCGACCCUCGGACGCUUCACUAAUGUGCUGCUGCGGUCUUCUUUGACCCAAACUCGGCGCCAGCUUGCUGCUGCUGCUGAGGGACAUGGGGAGCAUUCAGCUAAAACUUGGAAGGUCCUGACUUUCAUCGUUGCUCUGCCUGGUGUGGCCGUGUGCAUGCUGAACACCUUCUUGAAGGAGACAAACCAUCCACACGAGCAGCCAGAGUUUGUUCCUUAUUCCCAUCUUCGCAUUCGCUCAAAGCGUUUCCCCUGGGGAGAUGGCAACAAAUCCCUUUUUCACAACCCACAUGUGAACGCUCUCCCUGAUGGUUACGAGGGACAUGACGAGUAAACCUUCCUGACUUCGUACAGUCACUCAAGUCCAUUGUCAGCAUCUGUUACAGGACCACACUCCUCCUUGCAGUUUACUCUUGAUGCUUUUGUCGCUCUUACUUCUGUGCUUUUGAAGCACCAAAACCCAAUAAUUCCACCUGUCUGGACCAUGAAACAAAAUGUCAGCUGCUAUUGAAUUGGCAUAAAUAAAUAUUGUUAACCUA